ACCGCACGUUUCACGAGUCAGGAACCCAGUUGCACCACUACAGCUCCCGCCCCGCAUCUCCGCCUUCUAUUCCCCAAUCUAGGGUUGCGAGCGCCCCGCCACCGCCGGCCAUGCCCGACGCGGCAGUCGCCCCGGACGCCGACGCCGAGAUGCGCGACGCUGCUGCACCCGGGGACGACGACGGCGAGGAAGACACCGAGGAUCAGGAGGACGACGACGACGUCGACGAGGACGAGGAGGAGCUGCCCGCGGCGGCGCCGGCCGAGGAGCCGCCCGCCCCGGCGCCGGUCUCGGCCUUGCCCGGGAGCCCGAACCAGCUGACGCUGCUCUUCCAGGGCGAGGUCUACGUGUUCGAAUCCGUCACCCCCGACAAGGUUCAAGCUGUCCUGUUACUGUUAGGAAGCGGUGAACUGCCACCUGGUUUAGCUGGCAUGGUUUUACCUAAUCAAAAUGAGAACAAGGGUUAUGAUGAUAUACUUCGUAGGACAGACAUUCCUGCAAAAAGGGUUGCUUCACUCAUCAGGUUCCGUGAAAAGCGAAAGGAAAGAAAUUUUGAUAAGAAGAUACGUUAUGCAGUACGCAAAGAAGUGGCACUCAGGAUGCAGCGCCGGAAGGGGCAAUUUGCUGGAAGAGCCAGCCUGGAGGGGGAGUCUCCAGCUCCAGGUGGUGAUCCCGCUUUCCAGGGCUCAGGCCAAGAUUUCACGUCUCGAGAAUCAAAGUGUCAGAAUUGUGGCACUAGUGAGAAGAUGACGCCAGCAAUGCGUCGUGGUCCAGCUGGUCCAAGGACUUUGUGCAACGCUUGUGGAUUAAUGUGGGCAAACAAGGGUACCCUGAGAAGCUGCCUCAAGGCAAAAGUUGAAUCUCCUGUGGUUGCAGUUGAGCAGAGCAAUGCCACUGUCUCUCAGUAUGGAAGUGACAACAGAGCAUUAGUGGCACCAAAGAACGACAAUGCAGCUGCAAGCAAUGGUGAAGUCAUGGGUGAUUGCGCGCCUGCAAGUGCAGCUGAGGUAGGAGCAUCGAAGGCGCUGUGACAAUAAGUUAUAUAAACAAACAUGUGAUUGUUGAAGACAAAGAUUUUGAAUUCUUUGCGUAUAGCUAGACACCCCGAUAGCAGAUUCGCUAAUGAGGAAUACUGAUUCUCAUCAAGUGUACAUUUCUUCCUUGACAGCAUUAGACAUGUAAUUAACAUAAGGUGUCUGUUGAUGUAUGUUGUGUAAACAAUAAACCCAGAUGGCAUCUGUUGUUUUACAUUUGCUGUUUUUCUAAGCAGUGCAUUCACAUAAAUCAUAAUGAAGGAUCCCCCCUUUCCGGUUGA